AUGUCGCUGUCGAAGUUUCAAGAACAGUCAAACUAUGCUGUUGCAUUCCACUUAUGCAGGAACAUGGCUGAUGUGAGGAAGGACAUGAAGAAAAUUCAAGGGUUUAAUUAUCAGGCUCCCUAUGAAUUCAUGAAUUAUCAUCUCAAAUAUGCAAUUCCCUCGGAUAAGUACAAGUGUGCCAUGCAGUAUGGCAAUUACCUGAUGUUGAAAUCCGCUGAGUUGCUGAUGGGUUUGAAGGAUAAGUUCCAGAAACCCCUCGAUGGUAACAGAAAAGUAGGGAUAGAUGAAAAACACAACUUCAUUUUUUCGGAUCCUUGUACGGUCAUACAAGCCAUGAAGUUGCAUAAUGGACACUACUACGAAAACUUUUCUCUCCCCAAGGAUCUCAUGGAGGACCUAGAGAAUCCAAGCCUGGAGCCCCCUUUCCUUGUGGUGCAUAAUUAUGAGGUGCACUGGUUCCCUGCCUCCAAGAUCACCCCGGGCAAGAAUGGGAUGGGGUGGUACGUCGACUCCGUCGUUCGCACCGUCGACGAUCAAAUGAGGCCGGUUCAGUUCUUCGCGGCAUACUCCAGUGAGGAGAGGAAUGAGUACAGCCGCGUCCUGUACGACAACUGCGAAUUCGGGCCCUCGAACUGCAAUAUCGACAUUCCGUUCAAGAAGUUCGAGUACAGCCAGGAGAGCCUCGACGCCAUGAAGCAGUUUCCACACCCUCCGAUGUUGAACGCGAACGAGUUGCCAGAUUCGCCGUUGGAGGCAAGCUCGGAGGAGGAGUGGAAGCCCCCUGCGAAGGUGUCCAGGACGAGCGCGAGGAAGUAG